UCCUACAAAUCCCAUCAACAAAAAACAAAAAUAUUAAAAAGUCGAAUGUAUCGAUGUAGUAAGCAUUGGUUUCUCAGUCUAAAUUAUACGCAAUCCAAGAAAACUUGAUACAUCAAUGAUUAUACAUAUAGAUUAUAGUCUAUAGAGAGAGAAACACACUGGGCCUGUAUAAAUACUCCCCAGAAUUCUAGAGAGAGAAAGGCAUGCAUCAUCAUCAUAACAUGGGCUCAGACAACAAGCAAGACCGCCGUCUGAAAGUGGUGGUGAUGUUUCCAUGGCUAGCACACGGCCACAUAACUCCAUUUCUAGAGCUGGCGAAGGCGCUCUCUCACAGGCAUUUCAUCAGUCACCUUGUCUCCACACCUGCAAACCUCACCUCCAUCGCCAACAAAAUCCCACAAGCUUACUCCGCGUUCAUCCAUCUCGUCGAGCUUCAUCUCCCCUCCCAAAACUCGCCGGAGCUUCCCCCGCACCGCCACACCACCAACGGCCUCCCGCUCAAUCUCCACCCCGCCCUCAGGAAGGCCCUCCGGGCGGCGAAACCCGAUUUCUCGAACCUCGUGGAAACCCUCAACCCCGAUCUGCUCAUCCACGACAUCCUCCAGCCGUGGGCGGCGGCAGUAGCGUCCACGCACAAGAUCCCGUCCGCCGCGUUCUCCACCUCCGGCGCCGCCGCGGUGUCGUACUUCUCCCACCUGGGUUCACGUAGAGGCGUCGAGUUCCCCUUCCCGGCGAUCCGUCUCACCGCCUCCGAGUUAACCAUGGCGUUCGGCGAUAUCGAGUCCCACCGGAGCGAAGAGAGAGAAUAUUCCGACGAAGACGCCGCCGCCUUUCGGAACAACAACGGGUUCAUGCUGGUGAACAGUUCUAGAGAGAUAGAGGGCAAAUACAUAGAUUAUUUAUCUGAAUUAAUCACCAAGACUAUCAUACCAAUUGGUUCAUUGGUUAAUCAAGAUCCAUUAAUCAUUAAAAAUGAUGAUGGUGAUGGUGAUGAUGACGUUGAUAGUGACGUCAUCAUGGAUUGGUUGGACGAAAAGGACGAACUCUCGAGCGUGUUCGUUUCGUUCGGGAGCGAAUUCUUCCUCAACGAACAAGAAAUCGAAGAGGUAGCCCAUGGUUUGGAGUUGAGCGGUGCGAACUUCAUAUGGAUCAUAAGAUUCCCAAACGGUGCUGGGCCGGGCCGGGCCCACGAGGCCCUACCGGAAGGGUUCGUCGAACGGGUCGGCGGACGAGGCAUGAUCCUGGAGAAAUGGGCCCCGCAGGCGAGGAUUUUAAGCCACUCGAGUAUAGGUGGAUUUGUGAGCCAUUGCGGUUGGAAUUCUUUGAAGGAGGGCUUGGAUUUGGGAGUUCCGAUUGUAGCUGUGCCGAUGCACCUUGAUCAGCCGAUGAAUGCGAAAUUGGUGGUGGAGAUUGGCGGCGGCGUGGAGGCGAGAAGGGGCGGUGAUGGGAGGCUUUGCAGGGAGGAGAUAGCGAAGGUGGUUAAAGACGUCGUUUUCGGGACGAUCGGGGAAGAGUUGAGGAGAAGAGUUGGAGAGAAAUGGGAGAGUGUUAGAUUGAGAAGUGGAGUUGAGGUGGAGGAAGUUGCAUUGAAGUUGGCUCAACUUUGUGUGGAGGGGGGGAAUUUUUUGCAUGUUUAAACUGAUGUUUACAAGUUCAUAUUUAUAUUUUUGGGUAAAUUACAACCACACCUCAGGUACGAUAAAAUUACGAAGACCUCCAUUCUGUUU